UAGUUAACCUUGUACGUCGGACCUCAAACAAGAAGAGGAAUUUCUAAUUUCUCCGAUUUAUUACUUAAUUAUAUAUUAUUACAUAUUACAUAUAUACGUGGAGUCAGCAUAAAUUAUUGGAAAGGUAUUCAGUACAGAUUUAGCCAAUAGCAGAGUAGUAGUAGCAGCAGCAGUUGUGUGUUCGAGUUAACUGUGUACCAUUUUUUUAUAUUUAACUAUGAUAAAUUUACCACAAGAUGUGUGUCAAUUAGUGGAAAAAACAUUGAACCAAUCGUUGGACAAUUUAGUUGUAACUGUACAUACAGGUAAUAAAAAAGGUGAAGGCUAUAUUGGAGAAAUAAUAUUUGCAUCCUUCAAAAACAAAGAAACAUUAAAGGAGGAUCAUCUGGUGAUUAAAAAGGUGUUUCCGAGUGAUAGAGAAGAAACAACAAAUUUUUUAUCGAAUUGCUAUCUCAAUGAAAUCAACUUUUAUACAAACGUCUGGCCAGCAUUCGAAAAAUUCCGAAAAUCAUUUGUUUCUACAAAACUUCUAGACUUAGUGCCUAAAUGUUACGGAACAUCAUCUGUACGUGGUAGUGAAAAGGUGAUUUUAGAAAAUUUUAAGUUUCAGAAUUACGAGGUACAUCCGAAAAAAGUUCUUGUUAGUGAUGCAUUGUACGAAGAAAUUUUUAAGUUAUACGGACAAUUCCAUGCAAUAUCUUUUGCAAUGAGACAUCAUCAGCCCAAGGAGUAUCAAACAUUGACAAAGCCUUUACACAAUAACUGGCUGGGACUCACACACACGGACCUUUUUAAAUCGGGCGUUAUUGAUUCAUUUAGGGUUAUGGAAAAGAUUCUAGAGUCAAAAAAGGAAGACGAGUUGUUGACUAAGAUUCAACCGUAUGUCCAAAAUGGCUUCAAAAUAUUUGACAAAGCUGCAAACUAUCAGACAGCUUAUCCCGUUAUUAACCAUGGAGAUUGUUGGAGUAAUAAUAUGUUGGUCAAAUAUAAUAGCUUAAAGAAAAUAGAAGAUAUCAAGUUUAUAGAUUUUCAAAUGUGUAUGUCAGGCAGUCCAGUAUAUGAUCUAUCCUACAGUUUCUAUUCCGGGGCAAGCAAGGAAUCAUUAAAGAACUGGGAAAAGUAUUUGAAAAUAUACCAUAACUCACUAGACAAAUCGUUAAAGGGGUACAAUCUGAAAGUUGACGAUAUAUACCCAUAUACGGAAUUAGUAAAGGAGUGGAAAAACAAUGUACAAUUUGCAUUUAUUAUGAGUCUGCUGAUGUGGGGUGCCAAGUUCAUUAAAGAGGAUGAGGUCCGCGAUUUGGAUGUAAGCGAUGGUGAGCUAGAUCUACAGCAUCUUGUUGAAACUGAAGAGUAUAGCCAGGGUAUACUUAAUUUGGUCAAACAUUUUGAUGAGAAUGGAUUUUUAGUUUCUUCUUAGUAAAUUAUUUUAAUGGUGUUAAAAUAAAACAAUUUUAUUUAAUAGGAUGAUGUUACCAGAUCUUUUUCAAAUGAAUCUAAAAUUUUAUAUAAAUAAAAAAUAUGGAAACCUA